GAAGUCAGUUUAGAAGGAAAAGUACAGUCAUACUGAGCAGCUUAGAAAGGAAAGUCCAAAAAGAAGGAAGAAAUUAUUCAUCUUAAAACUGGAGAUGCCUGGAUUAUAUGAGAAGCUGAUAUUGGUGGCGGCAGCAUCAUUUCUGGCCGUGGUGAGAUCAUCCCCAGUGGUGGGGCCGGAGCCUAUCCGCUGUGCCCCCUGCACACAAGAGAAACUGAACAACUGUCCUGCCAUCCCGGCAGACUGCCAGCAGGUGCUGAGGGAGCCUGGCUGUGGCUGCUGCAUGGCCUGCGCUCUGGAGAAAGGAGCAUCCUGUGGGGUUCACACAGCCCACUGUGGCGAGGGUCUCCGCUGCACUCCCAGGCCCGGGGAGGCCAGGCCGCUCCACGCUCUGACCAGAGGACAGGGGGUCUGCACUGAAGACCUGGGUCAAGAGGAAGCUGAUGGAGUAUCUGACCAAGGCUCCAUGCAGUACCUGUUCGGUCUCAAUGUUCCUUUUGACCACCAAGAUGCUGCUGAUGGCCAAGAGAGUAUCAAGGCCAAGCUCAAUGCCAUCCGCAACAAACUGGUACAACAGGGUCCCUGUCACAUUGAACUUCAUACAGCACUGGACAUGAUAACCAGCUCUCAGCAGAAACUGGGAGAGAGGUUCACAACUUUCUACCUCCCCAACUGUGACAAGCACGGCUUCUACAAGGCCAAGCAAUGUGAAUCAUCUCUGGUUGGACCCCCCGCCCGCUGCUGGUGUGUCUCUUCCUGGAAUGGGAAGAAGAUCCCUGGAUCGAGUGACCUCCUCGGUGACUCAGAGUGUCAUCAAGAAGUCACUUACUGAAGGAUGGACUGUCACUCAUAAACAUGCUCACACACACACACACACAUACACACACACACACAUAUAUAUAUAUAUAUAUAGACACAAGCAAACAUGUUAAUCAUAACUUAAAAUCAGGAAAUAGUGACUUCCUUUUACAAAAAGACACUCAUUCACACAAAAUGUAACAUCCUAUAUUUUAGAUGGGGAAAUUUCCUCUCAUUUUAUUUACUUGAUGUAUGUAUCAAGACUUAUUUAUUCAGUGCUUGUAUAUUCUUACUAGCAUUAACCAUUUUGUCAUUUUUAGAUUUUUUAUAUGUUUGCCUAUUUUUUGCGAUUGUAAAUAGGGCAACACUGUAUACAUUUGUUUCUGACUAAAUAACUCCAUUGCUCAAAACCACAGGUCCACAGCUCUGCCAAGCCCUCUUCAGGAUCAGUUUUUUCUUUUUUUUAUUCAUUCAAAACUGGAGCUGUGCACGGCACGAAACAACACAGCCGCUCAUUCAUUCAACAUGUUGACAUUGUCUGAAUGUAUCUCCAUUGGCGUUUCCUCAAUGGGUAUUGGGGGAAAUACUUAAAGUGCCGCAAGUAUGUGCACGGUGGCCAAGCACAAACAUAUCAGCACUCAUCCAAGCCACUGUGAGGUUUGGUAUGGGUUGUUCUGCAUUUGUCUACCUCUACUAGUCUCUGCAGGUCCACAGGUUUAGCAGUGGAUUGCUGAGGGGUCUUCUCAGCUUCACCUUUCUCACAUUAGGGGCUUUUAUUUGUCUUUUUUUUUUUUUAGCUAUUCUAGCAUCUAUUCAAGUAUUUAUUAUGAUUUACUUGCGUGUUUAUGCUGUUGUUUGCUGUUGAGCUCAUGUGCAGUGGGCCAAAUUGUUUGUGAAUGCUGUUUGCCAGGAAUGCUGCUAUUCCAUUAUUGGUUUCGUUGAAACAAUGUACAUAUUCUUCUAAUUCUGUGGAUGUGCAUCCAAUUAAAAUGUUAUUUCAUCA